UGUGAUUAUUUCGCACAAAGCCUGCGUGUAGUCCGACUAGGCCUACGGUAACAUCGCGUCGGUGGCAAUUUUCUAAACAUUUACCCUUUUCACCUUUUUAAACUUCUCAAAAUGGCUUCGUCUUGGAAAAUCAGUGUUUUUGUGAUAUUUGUUGUUUCCCAGUUAUUUGCAAAUGUAGCGUUAUCGGCAUAUGCACCAGAUGAAGUAACAAAUCUUCCGGGUUUAAAGACGCAGCCGAGCUUUCGUCACUACUCGGGUUACUUGAAUGCAUCGGGACAGGACCGGCUGCAUUACUGGUUUGUAGAAUCGCAGAAUGACCCAGCCAAUGACCCUGUUGUCCUAUGGAUGAAUGGAGGGCCAGGUUGUAGCUCAAUGGAUGGCAUGCUCUCUGAACUAGGGCCAUUUCAUGUAAACUCUGAUGGUCAGACGUUAUAUAUGAAUAAAUACAGCUGGAAUACAGUUGCAAAUGUCAUCUUUCUGGAAGCACCAGCUGGCGUCGGCUACUCCUAUAAUCCUACCAAGGAAUAUGCUACUGAUGAUGAUAAGGUAUCAAUGGGUAAUUAUCUGGCUCUUCAGAGUUUCUUCAAGAAGUUCCCAGAGUAUGCUUCCAAUGAUUUCUAUGUGACGGGCGAAAGCUACGGGGGCAUCUAUGUGCCUACACUCACUCAUAGGAUCCUCAAUGGCAAUGCUACCAUUAAUAUGAAGGGAUUUGCUGUUGGCAAUGGUAUAACUAAUUUCACCACAAAUUCGGAUUCUCUGGUCUAUUUUGCCUACUACCAUGGACUUAUUGGUCUUGAUCUGUGGAAGAGCUUGAACAAAAGAUGUUGUGAUGGGACGUAUUGCGUCUUUUCACAAUCUACAGAUAUAGAAUGCCAGACACUUGUUGCCGAAGCCCUCAACGUUGUCUAUGACAUUGGGCUGAAUACCUACUCUCUCUACUUGGAUUGUUACAACGGUCCGUCAUCAGUACAGAGCCCUCUGUUGACCAGAUAUCAGUUUGACAUGAUGCAUGCCUUGGGUUAUCUACCAAAGGCACCGCCUAAGUACUAUCAGCCCAUGUCUGCUAUUUUGUCAAAGAAUAAAGUUGGUUUGGUACCACCAUGCAUCAACGUCACCGGAGUGACGGCCUAUCUCAACCUUCCUAACGUCAGGAAAGCUCUUCACAUUGCCGACGAGGCCCCGUCAUGGGAGGUCUGCAGUCAACUCCCGUACACAACCAUCUACAAGACCAUGUACUCCACCUACAAGGAUAUCCUGGCUAAAUAUCGAGGCAUGGUGUACAACGGAGACACGGACAUGGCCUGCAACUUCCUGGGUGACGAGUGGUUCGUUGAAUCUCUCAACCUGAAGAAGAAGUCUGAUAGAUCACCUUGGAUGUUGGGAGAUCAGAUCGCAGGAUUCGUGAAGGAGUUUGAAGGACUAUCAUUGGUAACCAUCAAAGGGGCAGGUCACAUGGUGCCGCAGGAAAGACCAGCACAAGCUUUAAAAAUGUUUACCUAUUUCCUCCAGAAUAAACCGUUGUGAGGCAAGAUCAAGCAAUACAUUUCCAAAGAUAGAAAAAAAUUCAGUUAAAGAGGAGCUGCAAUUAGAAUUCAGCAAAUAUUCUACUAUUUUUUAAUUUUGGUUCAGAUGAAAUAUUAACCUGUGUGAUUCAUCUCUUUGAAUGAUUAAAUGUUAGUUUUAAACACUGGAAUUUGAAGUAGAAAUUUCAACCUUUUAUUAGAAUAAUUGUGGUACACCAAACUGUUUUUAAACUGCAUAUGAUAUCAUGGUUUGCUGGCCUUUACUUUGUCUUUGUCUUGAUACAUACACUUUUGAUGUUUUCCAGAAUAUUUUUCACAAAACCCUCACAACAGGGUUUUCAACAUUGCAUUGACAUGUGUGUGAAAUUCGAAUUUCAUGCUUCAAUGAUUUGAGAGUGUACAUGUUUUGAUGAUGGUCUUGUGAAGUGUGCCGUAGGAGGGCUCAAAAUAUCAUCGUCAUGAAGGAGGUUCAUGGUGAUGACUCUGCACCUACCUUGAGAAGAAAAUUAUUUUUAAAAGUUUGAAUGCAUCAGACAAGAUUUUGGUAAGUUUGUAAGCAAGAAUUUUAUUUGGUUGGUCCUUUUCAGGCCCAACAAUUGCCUGAGAAAGAUACAUGGUGUACCUUGAAACCUACUAGACUAUUCUUCUUCACCAUGGAAACCUUCAGAAAUUACACAGCUGUAGGUUUGCGAAACUUUGUGCAUUUUAAUACUGUCUGAUAUUAGGCUACUUUCAAAUAAUUUAUGAAAUAUUGCUUGCAAAGUUCUUGAAACUGUCACCUUUACCAGAUGAACAGCCAAUGGGUAAUGGGUAUCUAAUCAUUCAGUAUUUUAAAAUUUGCAAUAUCUAUGAAGUAUAUUGCAAGCAAAAAUGAAUAACUUCUCAUUGUAGUUUGGCUAAGAAACAAACAAUAUUUGCAAUGAUAAAUCUUACAUAUAUUCACGUGUAUGAAAAAAGUUUAUUGUCUUGUAGCAACUUUUAAUGGGUUGUGUAAUAAUGACAGAGCUUUCAACAAGCUAUGUUCUCAUUCCGUCAAAGUUUGUAUGUGCCAAUCAUAUUUCAUUGUAUGUUGCAACCUGUGAUGAAUUCUGAGCAUUUUUUUAAGUAGAUGGGAAAUUUUUACUAACACCUAUAUGUGAUACUUGCUUGUUUGAAUCAUGAGCAGUAUAUAGUUUUAUAACUGCAAUAGAUAUCAUUGGACAAGAUAUACACCAAAUUUUAUCUCUAUAUAUACUACUUACAUUUGUAUAGCAACCAUCUGUCCAUCCAUAAACCAUGCUUCAACCAAAUUAAAGUAGAUCCGGGUCCUGUAACACAAAGGUUAUCGCUUAAUCGCAUGGUCGGUUUUCAUGAUUGACUGUACAUUAUAGUCAAUGGAAUCAAUCAUAGAAAAGUGUUCUACGAUCAUUGCUAAGCUUUGUGUUGCAGGGCCCAGUGUUACAUGUUUAUUUUCUAUCUUCUUUUCAAAUGUUUGUUUUCUGCCUGGCCCGAGAGAGUAUUUUGAUUAGGAUUAGAAAUUGAGUGUAGUGCCAUUACUUAGAUAUUAAGCUACCUUGAAAUUAUUUUUGAUGUAUAUUAUAAUUGUUUGUAGAGUUUCAAGAUUUUCACUACCUCUCUGUACCUUUCCCAAUUGUAAUAGACCCAGAAAAUACAAUUAUGCAUAAAGGUACUGUUUUUUUUUAUGGUUAAUGAAAGCUGCAAUUUAGACAUGAAUUACCAUCAGGUGAUCAGGAUUUUUCAAAAGGGGGCACAUUUUCCAGAAAAAAAAUUUGACAAGCAAAAAAGAAGGUUUUCAGCCAAAAAUUAAGGGGAUUUCGUCCACGAAACAAUUUGACAACCCCCCCCCCCCCAAAAAGUCUACACUUUUGAAAGAGAGGGGCACACUUCUGUUUUAUUGGCAUUUUCACAUUACAGAUUUUAUUUGUGCCUCUCAAAAGUGGGGGGGGGGGGCAUGGACCAUCUGUGACCCCCCUGGAUCCGUCAGUGAAUACUGUCUAUAUUUAGGACAUCUUAUUACAAUCUUUUAUCCUGAUUUAAAGGAUAAAUAUCUUACAACACAGAAACAUUUUGGGUUGGAUAUCAACUCUUAAUUGGUCAUGAGUCAGGGAUUUAAAUCCCCUUAUGGUUUUCUAGAUUGUUUGGGUCUGGUGGUGAGUCCUUUAAAUUGGAAUCUUAUUAUUUUUCCCAUUUUCCAAGGAUUUACCCCUGAUGAAUGAAUUCUGUUGAAGUGCUUACACACUCUAAUGGAGGCAGUUGUAAAACAAUAUGAAUGUAUUCUAUGUUCAUCCUUUUUCAUAGUUUACCCCUUAUCAUAAAGUGGAAGUAGCCAUGUUUUUUUUUAUUGUUUUGGGGGUGGGGCAUAAAAUAAAAGAGAUAAAUCAUUGUAGUUGAUUUUCCUUUUCUCAAAUGUUUAUUGAUGAAAUGGAUAAGUAGAGGCUGUAGAUAGUUGAAAUUAAUUUCAUACUAGUACAUGUGAAAGUGGAAUAUUGUUUGUAAGUUAUUCACCCAUAUAAGUUAUAACCUCAGAAUGAAAUGAACGAUCAAUUAUAAAACCCAGAUUUUAUUGGAUGUAAUUUGACUCAUUGUUGUGUGUUCAAUAAAAUGCUGCAUUGUGUUAUGUAUGUCAUAAUUACCAAACACGUAAGAUUUCUUAGAUGAAUAUUGUUAAAAAGUAUUAAUUAUAUGAAAUUUCAAAUAUAAAUCAUGACAAAUUGUGACUUGCCCUUUUACAGUGACGUUUCUAAAGAAAUAAUGUUAUAAAGUUACCAAAUUAUUAUUACUUACUGAUGCUCAUCAACAGAUUUGAUUAAACCACUAUAUAUUAUGCAUACCUUAUAAUACAUACUUGUAUUUAAAUAAAUCUACCAGCAACCUGUCCAUGAAUUGGCCAUAAUAUUAUAUGUUAAUAUUUUACAAACUAAAUAACUCAUUUAUUUGGCAUCCUUGAAGUUUAUUGAUGUAAUGAAAGAAUUUAAAUAAAGUUUAAAGUGUAA